GAGCGGAGGCGGCCUUGCUUGCUUGCUUGCUUGUUCCGUCUGUUCCUUCCCUACCAUCUCCGCAAAGACAUCAGCAACAAGGAGAUAUCUUGAGCAUCAUGCUCAUCUUCUCCUUCUUCAAGACCCUCACAGGCCACCCGGUCACCAUCGAGCUCAAGAAUGAUGUAGCCAUCACAGGCACGCUCAAAUCGGUCGACCAGUUCCUCAACUUCCGCAUCGAGAACCUCAGAGUAGUGGGCAAUGAGGAGGCAGAGGACGCUGCCGCUGCUGCUGCGGGUGUUGGGAUGAAUGGGGAGGGAGCGGAGAAUGGGACAGGUGCCGUGGGAGAGGCGAUCAAGGGGGCUAGGUGGCCUCAUCUUCUCUCCCUCAAGUCGGCCUUCAUUCGUGGGUCCGUGGUGCGCUAUGUUCAUAUCCCGGCGGGGGCCGUCGAUACGCAGCUCUUGGAGGACGCCACGAGGAGAGAGGCUGCUGGUGGGAAGAAGUAGGCGAGGGGAGGGCACGAAAGAGGACCUUUUGCGGCGAUGACAAUGCAUCAUCAUGCAAUGGCAGAUUGACUCUGGCCCAAGCCCCAGGCUCGCACGA